AUGUCAGGUCGCGUUCAAAAAUCGGUUUCCAACGAAAGUCGGCGCGCUCAAAUCAAGCGUAAUCGUCAGGCUCUAGGAAUUCUUGUCGAGCAUCGUGGUUACGACGCAAUGCCUUGCUCGCCUUGUUUUCAGCAUCAUCGUGUGUGCAAGAUGGAUCUCGCCAAUUCGAAGCGUUGUAUGAAUCGUUGUUUCCGGGAGCAGAAGAAGGUUGAGCAGGAGGAACAGGAGGCCGAGGAGGCCCUCGAGAUCCUGCAGACUCAGCUUGCCGCUGCUCUGGGUCGUUUGUCUCGUCUUCGCAAACAGAAGAGGUUUCUUAAGGAGCGUGGUUCUGAUCUAAUUCGUCGAGGUAUACAGUCUGUUGAUGAGUAG